UACCCUUUAACCAUGAAAGGCUACGUGGGAGCACCCGAGAACCUCUCGAAAAUUAUCGCGAAAGUGUGCGAGAUUUUCAACGGCGAACUAUGCUCCUUGGGAACAUUUCUAGCAGGCAUGACCAGCCCGACUCAAUUGAAUGAGACACGAGUACCAGUGUAUGCUGGCCACUACCCAAUCGGAACGACCAUACAAAACCUUCGGCAUUACUACCAGGUGUACAAAGCCAAAGACUUCGUCAUGUACGACCAUGGCGCCAAGGAGAACCAGAAGCGAUACGGCCAGGAAGAAGCUCCGGCCUAUCCGGUGGAACGCAUCACGACACCGUGGGCGAUCUUCGCGUCAGAGGACGACACCAUCGCCGACCCACGUGACGUCAAAGACCUUAUUGACAGACUGGGACCACGUGUUAUCGAGAAGCGGGUGAUUCCACAGAAGAACUUCCGGCACGGGGACUUCCAAAUCGGACACAAAACGAAACGACUUCCUUCACAACGUCGCCAUCGAUAUUAUCAAACGGCGAAUCGGCGAAAGUCAUCACGCAAGAGAGGUGAUUAG